UCGUUGCGUUCUGGGUCAUCAGGCCGAAGGUCGCCUGCUGGUGGAGUUCUGACGCUCGGUCCGGUUGUGACACUCAGACUCCCGCGAACCUUCUGAAAGCUGCACCUACCCCAGUUCUGAUGAUAUUCCCGCCUACAUGGCUGGGUUGCGAAGGACCCAGGAAAUAGACCAGUGGAGACCAGAGGAACCGUCACUCCGGGACAGGGACAGAAGUAGGGAGCGCCCGCGCGAGCGCAUCCACGAACCACGAACGUCGUCGCCCGUGUCGCGCGCUGCGAGGGACACCUCCAGGCGGACACACGAGUCCGGCACGCAGCCUUCAGCUCCACACGCUCGAGAGCGGUCGCGCGCGAGGAGCCCGAGUCGGGACCGCACGCGUCGCCGCAGUCGCGGUGCCUCGAGGGACGAUCGUUAUCGAGCCUCGCGAAGAGAGCCCAGUGCGGACAGGGUUUCGCACCCACACCGGCACCACCACCGCACCCACCACGACACGACGCCAUCCUCGAAGCGCCAUCGCAGCCGCUCUGCAUCUCCGCGAGACAGUCACAAGCGGACCAGACGGCACGGCAGCCGCAGCUCUGUGCGCUCGAGAUCGAGGACGCGCCGCGCUGACUCGACGCAUCGCUCGUCUGCCAGAGCCUACUCUCCACGUGCACCACGCCCAGAUCGCGACCGCGCCUCCCGACGACCAACGCCCGACACAUACGUCCCGCCGUCGUCGGCUCGUCGCCGCUCGCCGUCUACCGACUCCUACAGGCCGCUAUCACAUCGACCACGCAAACGGACUCCUUCACCUGUGAGGGGCUCCCGGCGUGCUCUCAGCCCUCGCCGAUCUCCACCCAGGAAACCCGCCGAUCGGGGCGACACUACCGCCUCAGAAAGGCAGCGCACGCGGCCCGCUAGCCGCGACCGGAGUCGUAGUCGUGGUCCUAGGCGCGCUAGGUCACCCUCUCCACAUCGCCGACGGUCGCCUCCGUUGUCGAGGAGGUCCUCUCCACCAAGAGCACGGAACAGCAGGCCCUCGCCACGUAGAGAUCGUUCUCCUCGAGGCUCAAGCCGCCGAUCUAGGUCACCUGUUCCGUCGUCUCGGAACGACACUGUUAAGCCACCUCGUGCAGACCAGCCUGCCUCCAGACGGGACUCGCCCGCACCUGCAUCUGGCGACAACUCUGACGCCUCUAACAGCAAGACUGACGACCCCAACAUGAGGGGGGCUUACCAUCAACAGGGACGUGGAGGUCCGGGCUACCAACACACCCCUCCUUAUCCUGCACACAACCAAUACUCUCCUCACAAUCAGUCGCCUUACCAUGGCAGUAGAGGUGGCUGGAACGGCCAUCAAUACUCCAACCAAGGAUCUCCCGUACAUGGCUACUCGCCGAACCAGUCGCCUUACCACCAGACGCAGAACUACUCACCGCAGUACCCUGGAAGCCAGUCAUACCCACAGGGCGGUUAUUCCAACGCAUCGUAUCGUGGUGGUCGUGGCACUCACUACAAUGGCUCUGAUCGCCGACCGUCAGGACCUGGUCCGCACGCUGCUUUUGGCCAAGGCGGCCGUGGUCGUGGCGCAGCGCCUACACAGUUCUCGAACCUGUCUUGGACUCCGGCAUCUGGCACCAGAGGUGGCAGGCCUGCUACAGAGGCACCCCGCCCAAACCCUCCAGCGGCCCAACCAGCAGCAGAAGCGCCUUCUGUCGAUGCGGAUGAUAAUCCCUUCCGUCCAUCGAAAGACUUGCGGGUUGAGGACGAGGGGCCGAAGGAAGACAAGAAGAUGCCACCACCCGUGAAACGCACUGCUGUCACACCGACGCAACCGAAGUCUGGCUUCAGCUUUUCUCUGAAGACGAAGAAUCCGGUACCUGUGGCCAGCAAGGCCAAAGCAGAGGAGCCCGAGAAGGUCGAGUCAGCAUCGAAAGAGUCGCCACUCGAGCCUAAGAAAGACGUUGCGUCUCGCGAUCGAUAUGCCUCCGAUGUUCGAAACGACCGCGAUCGCGAUUAUAAAUACGACCGUGAGCGGGAGCGAGAGCGAGAGCGCGACUACCGAGAACGAGACCGGAGGUAUGACUAUCACGACCGGGCGCCGGCAUACAGGGACCCUCGAGACAGAGAUCCUCGCGACCUGCGAGAUGUGCGAGACCCUCGAGACUCUCGAGACCCGUACUUUCGUGAGAGAGAUAGGGACUACAGAGACCCCCGUGACAGGGACCUUCGCGACCCUAGAGAUAUUCGUGAUGUGAGGGAUCGUGAUCGCGAUCCGCGAGACUUGCGCGACCCUCGCGACCUCAGAGAUUCACGAGAUUCACGAGACGUCAGAGAACUUCGUGACGCGCGCGAUCGUCGCGAACAUUAUCUGCCGCGACGACCAGACGACCGUCGACCGGAGCCACGUGUCGAGAAUCGCAUCGACAACCGUCAGGAUCGCAGGGCACCCCCUGAGGUACCGAAGACUGUCAUGGUCAAGCGGAAGCGGAUCAAAGCUCGACCGACUCUGUCUGUGGAUUUCGCAGCCUCUGAUUCUGUCUACUACCGAAAGCCAGGUAAUGAGUCGGUGGUUGGCUCAGGCACAUACGGUAAGGUCUUUAAGGGCAUCCAUGUCUACACAAAGGACCAGGUUGCUCUCAAGAAGAUCCGUAUGGAAGGCGAACGUGAUGGUUUCCCUGUCACCGCGAUUCGAGAAGUCAAGCUACUCCAGUCUCUGAACCACGAGAACAUUGUCAAGCUGCGCGAAGUCAUGGUCGAGAAGAACGACUGCUACAUGGUCUUCGAAUAUCUCUCGCACGAUCUCACUGGUCUGCUCAACCACCCCACCUUCAAGCUGGAGCAGUCGCACAAGAAAGAUCUGGCAAAGCAACUUUUUGAAGGCCUGGAUUACCUCCACCGACGAGGCGUGUUACAUCGCGAUAUCAAAGCUGCCAACAUCUUGGUUUCCAACACCGGACAGCUGAAGCUGGCAGACUUUGGUCUCGCGAGGUUCUACGCCAAGCGAAGCAAGCUGGACUACACCAACCGCGUCAUCACAAUAUGGUACCGUUCUCCAGAGCUGCUUCUCGGCGAAACGCAGUACGGCCCUGCCGUAGACAUCUGGUCAGCAGCCUGUGUCCUGGUCGAAAUAUUCACUCGCCACGCCAUCUUCCCUGGCGACGGCGGCGAAAUCAACCAGUUGGACAAGAUCUACAACAUUCUUGGCACACCCACCAAAGAGGAUUGGCCCGGCAUAGUCGACAUGCAAUGGUUCAACCUCCUGCGCCCAACCGAACGCAAACCCGCCACCUUCGAAGACAAAUACCGCGACCCGCCUCAGCCCUAUGGCCUUCGAGCUCCUGCAAGCCAUGUUUCUGUACGACCCCGCCGCGCGCCCAACCGCCGCAGACGUCCUCGAGCACCCCUUCUUCACCAGUGAGCAGCCGCCGUCGAAGCGCGCAGAGGCCCUGAAGGAACUCGAAGGCGACUGGCACGAGUUUGAGAGCAAGGCGCUGAGGAAGGAGAAGGAGAAGGCG